AAAAUUCACAGUUAACCCUUUUUGCUGCGACAGAAGACAACAAGCACGAUGACGAGGCAUUUGGUUGGUCUUUUCUUUGUAAUUGGAGCUGCUUUCUGCAGUGAUGUUCUGGAUCUAACUGACUCAAACUUUAAAGAUGGGGUUGCAGGAAAAGAUAUUAUGCUGGUGGAGUUUUUCGCACCUUGGUGUGGUCAUUGUAAAAGGCUUGCACCAGAAUAUGAAACUGCAGCCACAGCUUUAUUAAAAAAUGAUCCACCUGUGCCUCUUGCCAAGGUGGACUGUGUUGGUGAAGGCAAGGAAACUUGCAGUAAGUACGGAGUUAGUGGCUAUCCAACCUUAAAAAUUUUUCGAGGAGGAGAAAUGUCUUCUGAUUAUGAUGGACCAAGAGAUUCAGAUGGUAUUGUCAAAUAUAUGAAAAGUAAUGCUGGACCAUCUUCAACUGAACUUAAGGAUGUUUCCCAUCUUGAUAGUAAAUUAGAAAGUUCAGAAGAUCUUCUCAUUGUGGGUUUUUUCAGUGGUGAGAAUGAGGUGAGCAAACAUUUUCAAAAAGCUGCUGAUAAGAAGAGGACAGAUUUCAACUUUGCACACUCUAUGAAAUCUGAAAUUAAUGAGAAAUAUGGCCAUAAUGAUGUGGUUGUAUUGUUCCGUCCAAAGCACUUGCAUGCUAAGUUUGAAGCACAACAUGAAGUAUUAGCCAGUGCUGCGAGUGUAGACGAUAUUUUAAAUUUUAUCGACGAAAAACAACUUGGCAUGGUUGGUCAAAUAACACAAAGUAAUGAAGCCAUCCUAAAAAAACCAUCUGUAAUUGCUUAUUAUCGUGUUGACUGGAAAAAAAAUCCUAAGGGCUCCCGUUAUUACCGAAACAGAGUUGCUCGAAUUGCAAAAAAAUUUAUUGGCGAAAUAAAUUUUGCGAUUGCAGCUAAAAGUGAUUUUAGUCGACAAAUAUCUGACUGGGGAUUUAAGGAUGAUGACGAAGUGAAAGUAGCUGCCCGCAAUGCUAAAGGAGAAGUAUUUUUAAUGACGGACGAUUUUAGUGUUGACAAUCUAGAGAAAUUCGUCAAUGAAUUUAAAGAUAAUAAAUUGGAGCCAUACAUAAAAUCUGAAGACAUACCAGAAAACAAUGAUGGCCCAGUUAAGGUUGUAGUUGGUAAGAAUUUCAACGAAAUAGUAAACGAUCCAACAAAGGACGUUUUAAUUGAGUUCUACGCUCCUUGGUGUGGACAUUGUAAAUCACUGGAACCCAAAUUUAACGAGUUAGGAGAGAAAUUUAAAAAUAUUAAAGAUGUAGUUAUUGCCAAGAUGGAUGCUACUGCAAAUGAUGUACCUCAACCCUUUGAAGUUUCAGGAUUUCCUACACUUUAUUGGGUCCCUAUGGGUAACAAAGAAAAUCCAAAGAAAUACCAAGGUGGUCGGGAAGUAACCGAUUUCACUGAAUUUAUCAAGAAAGAAGCUACCAAUCCAGUAGAAUUUCCAAAGAAAAAGAAGAAGAAGAGUACAAAGGAGAAAGAAUUAUAGAUGUCGAUGGGCACCGUAGUAUUUUUUAAAUUCACGUUCUAUCUUUACAAAGCCUCUAUGGAGGAGAUUCUUCAUUGUCUCUUAGCAACGACAUUUGCAAAACAAAGCAUUUGUUUUUUGGUAUAUACUUUUAAAGUAGAGUAAAAUGUUUGGUGAUUUUUGUGCCAUUGAGUAUUUGUAUCUGUUUUGUUUUAAAUUUAAAAGAUAAAAUUUUAAAGUA